AAAUAUAUUUUUCACUCCAGAAAUUAAUGAUCAUGAGCUCGUAUUUGAUGGACUCUAGCUACAUCGAUCCGAAAUUUCCUCCUUGCGAGGAAUAUUCACAAAAUAGCUACAUCCCAGAACACAGCCCUGAAUACUACAGCCGCACGAGAGACACCGGCUACCAGCAUCACCACCAGGAGUUGUAUCCUCCGCGAGUGACCUACCAGGAGCGCCCGUAUAACUGUGUAAGCAUCCCCGAGCCCGAGCCCCAGACCGGCCAUGGGCUCACACACUCGGGGAAUCUGCUUGCGGGGAAGGCACAUACAUCUCCAUGUGAACCCUUGCCACUGUUACCCACAUCCCCUACCACCCCACCGAUUGCGCCGGCUGCCUGCAUCCAAGCCGCCCCGGAGCAACCCACCAGCUCUGCCUUGGCUAAGCAGCCUGUAGUGUACCCAUGGAUGAAGAAAAUCCACGUCAGUAUCGUGAAUCCCAAUUACAAUGGAGCAGACGCAAAGCGGUCCAGGACUGCUUACACUCGCCAGCAGGUCUUAGAAUUGGAGAAGGAGUUCCACUAUAACCGCUACCUAACUCGGCGAAGACGCAUCGAGAUCGCCCACACCCUGGUUCUCUCCGAGCGCCAGAUUAAAAUUUGGUUUCAGAACCGAAGAAUGAAGUGGAAAAAAGACCAUAGGCUACCCAACACGAAAGUGAGAUCUUCCUCCUCAUCCAACACUAGCGCGACCUCCGGGUCCAACACAGCGUCCACAACAGCCAGCACUCUCCCGCGUGCUGUGGGCUCCAACACCAUGCCAGCUUCCCAGGAACUCUCUCGAGUGUCCGUAGUCGAACGAGACCAGGAUAUUACAAGGUUAUAGACACAAAAUAGUAUCUGACAAAGAGGAUGAAAAAACAACGGAUUAUUUAUUUAACAAAAAAAUAUUUUCUUUUUAUAUAUAUAUAAUUGUUCCUAUAGUGUUCUUGUGCGUAAACGGGUUUUUCUUCUCAGUCCACAGUUAUUCAAGUAUGCAUGUUAUAUAGCAUGGAUUACUGCAGAUACUGUGCCAACGGAUUAUUACGGUUAUCAGGGUUUAUUUAUUUAUUAUAUAAUUUAAAAAAAAAUGUUAGUAAGUUGUUCUGACGAAUAAUAAUAGAUAUUAUCAAAGUAUUUGCCUGUGGCAGAAUACGUAGCUGUCAGUAGACUUAUACAAACACAAUCGUUUUAUUUAUUCUCUGAAAAAUAAUGUUAGGGUAAUCUAUUUAUUUAGGCUAUUCAUCUCAGAGGUGACAGUAACAAUAGCCAGUUUUUAUUUUUCAAUACAUGUGAAUCAGUGAAAUGUUGUGAUUUAUUUUUCAGCACAACCUCUUAUCAAGCAAAGUCAGUGAGGGUAGUGUGUUUUGUGAUUACAUUUUGUGAUUUAGAUCUAUUUUAAUUGAUCAUUGUAAAAUGCAACAUAAUAAGUUGAGUGUUUUUGUGAUAAUCGUAGUGUUCAAUAAAACCGUGUCGAGUAGUUUAGAAUACAUUUGAGUCAUCUUUAUUUACGUAUUCAGCAUAAAAACCUAUAUUCUAUUUACAUGUGACCUACACCAUGUUUUGAAAAUGUAUUAAUGUAAGAGAUGGGGAACCCUUGAUAGUCCCCAUUGCAAACGAAGAAGUGCUCGGACCUUAAAGUGGUAGUAGGCCUUGGCCUAUAUGUCAUCGGAAUAACUGAUUGAUAACUUCCCUUAGAGUAGUUCCAUUAUUCUAUGAGUAAGAGGGGCAGAGGGUUUUCCGAGUCAUCUCACAUGAAUAGCCCUUUCAGAGUUCACCAAAAGGUUGAACAUGUUUUCCCCAAAUUCAAAUGCACAUUAUGCUUAGUUAAAACUUAAACUAAUGACAUAGAAUGUGUUUGCAAACAAAGUUUGAUUCAUACGAGCACAGGUGACGUGUUCCAACCAGGCUACCAACAAUGUUAUGGACCUGUGUGCGCAUUUCCAUAAGCCUACGUGCAACUGUUUUGCGCAUAUGGACUAUUAAACAUAACUAGACCUCUGAAAGCCUCAACAAAUUGUGUAUAUGUGUAUAUUGUAUUAUGCUAUUUCAAGACACAUUUUUAAUU